AUGUAUCGGAUCAGACGUGAAAACUACGUUAACUUUAUUGUUGUUUUACGUUCAUGCUGUAUGUUACAUCCACUGGUAUUCAAGGAGAAUGAUGUCUCGCGGUGCCGCUAAAAUCUGUAAACACUGUGUUAACAUGAGGGUGAACAGUGUAUCUUGUGACAUUGUUAUAUCGAGAUUUACCGUUGGAGUAUUGACUUCUUAAAUGUAUUAAGUCUCUUUUCUAAAGGAUUUUUGAUUUUCUAGACUUAUUUUUUUUCUUGUCCCUAAAAGAUAGUUAAUAAUUAUUAAUGAAAAAAAACAACAUUGUUAUUGUGAUAUGUUGUAAAUUUCUUUUUGGAUUUUGUACGAACUGAGUUUAUAUUUAACAGAAGUUGGAGUCAUUUCAUAUUGUUACAUUACGUUAUACUACAAAAUAAAUGUUUGCAAACUAGUUAAAAAGGGAAUAUAUACGAUUAAGUGAAUGUUCAACAACUUCUUUCUUUUUACGGGCGAAAGUUAUAAAGCAAGAUGAAUAGCACGACGGAGCCGUAUCUUGCCGACGGGAAUGCUUACUACACGGACUAUAACCUGCUCGAUCUGAUUGAAAGGUUUCAGACGGGCAAUAAUAGUGAUUUACCUUUCUUCCCGAAUUCCACAAUUGACUUGGAUAUUCCCUGGCAUCUGUUUCCAGGACACCGACCCAAACAAAGAAGCGUCUGGGAUUACCUAGAAAGUGUACAUGGCCCAAGACGAGGCCCACUGGCAACUGUAAUAGCAAUAACAUGUGUUUAUGGUUUUAUAUUCUUAUCGGGAAUUUUUGGAAACGUGUGCACAUGCUUAGUUAUAGCUAAAAACAAAUAUAUGCAUACGGCAACUAAUUACUAUUUGUUUAACCUUGCUAUUGCUGACUUGUUGUUGCUUAUUGUUGGACUACCACCAGAAACCUAUUCCAUCUGGUCAGCGUAUCCAUGGAUAUUUGGAGAAGUAUUUUGUAUAGUGAGAACCAUGCUAGCUGAAUUGUCUACAAAUGCUAGCAUUUUGACUAUCACUGCUUUUACAAUUGAACGGUACGUCGCCAUAUGCCACCCGAUGAAAGCACAAACUAUGUCGGGGUUGAAGAGGGUGAUUCGUGUUAUAGUUGCAAUUUGGUGUCUUGCUGCCGUCUCCUCAGUCCCACUAACCGUCCAGUUCAAGGUCGUUUAUGCCGUUGAUAAACGAAAUACGAACAUAGCCGAGUCCGCAUAUUGCGGCAUCAGUGAAAAGAAUCAUAUUGAACGGACAUUUGAAAUAUCUACGUUUCUGUUCUUUGUGUUUCCCAUGACGCUCGUGAGUGUUUUGUACACACUUAUAGCAAUAGCCAUACGUAGAUCAGGAUUAUAUCGGGAUGGUUCAGACGCUUCGCACAGGGAUCGGCUCACAGGUGUGGAGAUGAGAGCUCAACAACAGGCUCGUGCCAGAAGAUCCGUUUUGAAAAUGUUAGUUGCGGUAGUGGUUGCUUUCUUUGUUUGCUGGGCACCUUUCCAUGCACAGAGACUUAUGACCCUCUACAUCCCUGCCGCUAAAUGGACUGACAAUCUUCUGGAGGCCCAUAAAGUCAUAUAUUAUAUAUCGGGUGUGUGCUAUUUUAUCAGCUGUACAAUAAACCCAUUAUUGUAUAGUAUUAUGUCUUUAAAAUUCAGAAAGGCUUUCAAGCAGACUGUUUUACGACCAAAAUGUUGCAGAGGUCAAAUUUAUACGGCAAAGAAAAGGAGUUAUUUUUCAUAUAGGUUUUCACAUAAGAACGGUUAUUCUGAAACAAGUUUUACUUCAGUGGAGCCAGUUUCCCCUGCAAGAAGCUGCCACUCACACUCACACUCGCACUCACAUUCGCAUUCAAACUCGGAUCAUAGUUCUGAGCAUCCAAGGAUACAUACAGGAGUGAAAAAGACAACCCGAGUCAAUGCUCAUAUAGAGGAAAAGGAAAAGUUAAAUUGUGAUGCAACACACGAGACAAAAGAUACAGCAGACAAUGAUAUCAAAAUGGUCUGUAAGAUGUUGUCUACUUACAAACCACAGUCACUGGAUAAUGGUGGAAAAGCAGAGGAAUACGUAGGUUUGUAUAACCGAAUAGAGAAUGUAAAUGAGGGUCAUGGUUGACAAUGAUCAAUAUUUUGAUUUUCGUAACAAUUUUAGAGUUUAAUUGACCGGCACAAAAACUGUUCCUCUGCAACGGCGUGAAGAAAUAGUCAACUUAUUCGAAUAAUUAUAAAUAUAAUAUUUAGUGAAAAAAGAUAUCAAAAAAUGUAUGAAUGGAUUAUUACUAAGGAAUCUACAACGACUUUGUCCAUGUAAGAGUACAGUAGAUCCUUGUUUUAAUUCCAAGCAGCAGAGGGAGGAUAACAGGGACAUGCUUGAGUUUCAGUGAUGUCUAGAUUCAAAAUGAUGAAGUACUGUGAGAAAACAUACUUUUGAAAUCUGUAAGUGAAAGACAGCAAAAUGUGUUUUGAGUAAAGUGACAAGAUUUAUAUAUAUUACGAUGAGACAUGCAAGUCAUGUUAGUCUAGUGAAUAUCACACUAGCCUUGCGGACUACUAUCUCGGUGUUUUAAAAUUGUUUCGUUAGGUUCUUGUUUAGAUAAAGAUGAUUACAAAUUGUAGAAAUCUUGGACAAAUUUGCUGUUAUCUUUAUGUCUUACUUAGACCAUCCGGAAGUGGAUAUUUUCAUUGACACAAGCACUCAGAAUUGUUUUAUCAACUCACGGUAUCUGACGGUUAAUUGGAAUACACUGUAUAAUUAACAUUUUGAAGCAAGCAUAUAAGGGUCUGCCUCUUUAGCAGGUGUUUUGUUUGUUUAAAUAAAACUCUCUCAAUAUAUAAAAUUUCAUUUCUAUAAUAAAAUGUGAUCUAAGAACAUUAUUGUAGAUAUGUUUAAUCUUUAGGCUGGUCUUAAUGCGUUUCUGAGGGAAUAAUUGAAAUCAAUGAGUAGGUCACCUGCGAGUUCUUAAAGAGCACGCAACGAUUCAUGUCAUAGAGCCAAUCAGUUUUACAUAAUUAUCGCCAUGAUAUGUAUUCAUGUUGUAUUAUUGCAGAUAAAGAUUACAUUAAAUGGAAACACUUAUUUUGUGAUCUUGAUAACGUUGAACAAUAAAUUGUUAGUAAAAUA